CCCCAGUUUGUGUGUGCUGCCUCUCCAGCUCUGAUUUUCUUUCUAACUGAAUUGGGGCAGAUGGAGGACUACCACAAACCGGACCAGCAGACGCUGCAGGCGCUCAGGAACAUCGCCAACAGGCUCAGGAUCAACUCCAUCAAAGCGACAACUGCAGCAGGCAGUGGCCAUCCCACGUCAUGUUGCAGCGUUGCAGAGAUCAUGUCAGUCCUUUUCUUUCAUUCAAUGAAAUACCGACCUGAAGACCCCAGAGACCCCAAUAAUGACCGGUUCAUCCUCUCCAAGGGUCAUGCAGCUCCUGUGCUGUAUGCUGUCUGGGCAGAGGUCGGCUACCUGAAGGAGAAUGAGCUUCUUAACCUCCGUAAAGUUGAUUCCAUCCUGGAAGGACACCCUGUGCCAAAGCAGCAGUUUGUGGACGUAGCCACUGGAUCUCUGGGCCAGGGGCUGGGAGCUGCCUGUGGAAUGGCUUACACUGGAAAAUACUUUGACAAGGCCAGCUAUCGGGUGUUCUGUCUGCUGGGUGAUGGGGAGGUGUCAGAGGGUGCGGUGUGGGAGGCCAUGGCUUUCGCCUCCUACUAUCAGCUGGACAACCUGGUGGCCAUAUUGGACAUUAACCGCCUGGGCCAGAGUGACCCUGCCCCAUUGCAGCACCAUGUGGAGAAGUAUCAGCGACGCUGUGAAGCCUUUGGAUGGCAUUCAAUUAUCGUGGAUGGUCACAGUGUGGAGGAGCUGUGCAAGGUGCUGAGUCAACCCCGCCACCAGCCUCUCGCAAUCAUAGCCAAGACCAUCAAGGGCAAGGGCAUCCCAGCGGCUGAGGAUAAGAUGGGCUGGCAUGGAAAGCCUCUACCCAAAGACAUGUCAGAGAGCGUGAUCCGAGACCUGCAGAGCCGCAUCAUCAGCUGCAACAAGCGCCUCUAUCCUGCUCUGCCCAACGAGGACACAUCACCCGUCAGCCUCCGCAACAUCCGCAUGCCUAGUGCACCCAACUACAAACCUGGAGAUAAGAUUGCUACAAGAAAGGCUUAUGGCGUGGCUCUGGCCAAACUUGGACGUUACAACGAACGCGUGGUCGUCCUUGAUGGGGACACUAAAAACUCCACCUUCUCUGAGCUCUUCAAGAACGAGCAUCCCAACCGCUACGUGGAGUGCUAUAUUGCAGAGCAGAACAUGGUGAGCGUGGCGAUCGGCUGUGCUGUCCGGGACCGUAACGUGGUGUUCGCCAGCACUUUCGCCACAUUCCUCAGCCGAGCCUACGACCAGCUCCGAAUGGCCGCCAUCUCUGAAAGUAACAUCAACCUCUGUGGCUCCCACUGUGGCGUUUCCAUCGGUGAAGAUGGACCCUCUCAGAUGGGCCUGGAGGACCUGGCCAUGUUUAGAGCCAUUCCCACCUCAACCAUCUUCUACCCCAGCGAUGGGGUGUCCACAGAGAAGGCAGUGGAGAUUGCAGCGAUGACAAAGGGUUUGUGUUUCAUCCGAACAAGUCGCCCAGAAAACAACAUAAUUUAUAAUUCCAAUGAGGACUUCCAUGUUGGUCAGGCUAAGGUUGUGUAUAAAACCAAUGACGACCAUGUGACCGUGGUUGGAGCGGGAGUCACCCUCCAUGAGGCUUUGGCUGCAGCAGAAAUGCUGAAAAAAGAGAGAAUCAACAUUCGUGUGAUUGACCUGUUCACCAUCAAACCCCUGGACUCCAAAACGAUCAUCGACAACGCCAGGGCCACCAGAGGACGCAUUGUCACAGUGGAAGACCACUACUAUGAAGGUGGGCUUGGUGAAGCCGUGUGCUCAGCAGUAGUGAAUGAACCAGGAUUCACCGUUCACCGCCUGGCGGUUUCCCAGGUGCCCCGUAGCGGCAAACCCCACGAGCUGCUGAAGAUCUUUGGCAUUGACCGCAACGCCAUCGCCCAGGUGGUGCAUAAGAUGCUCAGCAGCUCUGCUAACGCCAAGUGAGGGCCACUCCAGAAGAGGCAGGAGCAACAUGGUAACUGACACUUUUUAAACUUGUGAUCACCAUGGAAACAACAAUUAAGCCCACACAGAAGGAAGAGAGGCCUGUAGGGCUCUAUCACAAUCUCCUAAGAGCAACCAAAUCAUUUCAGUCAUAGUAAUGAGGUCCUGCUGCAGAUUUUGACCCCAUCAGGGUCCCUCACAGAUAUUCACUCCUUCAACCUGUAGUCUUCUACCUCUGCAGUGAACUUGCUGGUGCUGUUGUUUGAGUAAACCUGGUUUGGAGUCCUGUAUUUUUAUAUUUUUCUGUCUCACACCUGAGACUCUGAGGGUUUUCCAUCUGGUCUCAACAUGUAGCUCUCUCUCCACAGCAGGAUGAGAGAAACCUCUGGCUUGGUCUGUUUGAGCACCGACUGUUUUUAACUCUUUUGACUUUCAUUUGAACCACUUCACACAAAUAAAGGGAUUGUUUCUUCACACUC